UCGGUCGUCCUCCCGGAAAAUGGGACGUGGACGGACCUUGAACUAGCAUACCAAACCGUAAUGCUGGAAGGGGAGGACGCGUUCCUAUGGAUAGAGACGAUGUGGGCUAAUGUCAGCUUGACRAGGUUGUCGCCAAGAUUAAUGGAUCUGGAGUUCCGAGGGACAGUGGAAGCCCGGGGGUGGGUCUACUUGUCGCAAGACGGGGAGAAUGCUAUGGUCAUAGAAUUGGCACUCGGGAAUACGCCGGAUGAAUUGUUUAGGAAGGCAGAAGCGGAGGUUGUAUGGGUUGCGUGUCAACGGAGGGAAAUGGAAAUGGAGAGGGUAGAUGUGCGGGUGGAACUUGGGGAUAGAGGGAGCAUGAGGCGACCCGUUAGAACCAUGCGAUGCGUGUUGCCUCCCUUCCUGGUGGACGCAGUUUUCGGAACCCGGAGCAGGGAAUCGCCAAGGCGACAAUGGCAGCAAGACGUGUGSGAAUGGAACGCCAGCCACGUGUGCGAAUGGAACGUCAGCCCCGAACUAGGCAGAAUGGCAACGGAGGAUGAGACGGAUAACCAUAAGGGCGAAGGAGGGCCAGGCUUAGGAGGCAGUGCCGCACAAAGUGAAGAAGGGCAGAAAGACAGAGAAUCGAUAAAUCCAGAUGGUACCAAAGGGAACCGGAAGGAAAUCUCCUCAGGGGAAAGCUCGGGAAAAGCCGGAGGAAGCAGGCAAGGGACUCAGGAGACCAAGGAAGGCAGGAAUAAGGAUAGGACAAGCCCCCGGAGUUCAGAGGGAGCUGUGUCAAAGAAAGUAAGGGUCACGGAUGCGAGGCGCAAACUAGCAGAGAUAGAAAAGAGGACCGCAGAGUACAAGGCAAGAUUGAUUGAGGAAAUGAUGACUGGGAACGAAGAAGGCCCUCUGCAGGAGGAGCCGCAGGACGAACGAAAAACCAGCCGAGGAGGAACUGGACAAGGGGAUAAGGGUAGCGACCGUGGGGGAACGCCGAGCAAAAGAAGGAAAGAAAGAGAGAACUCUCCGGGGAUGGAAGCGGAGAAAGCUACAAACCCACCAGCCAUAGAUAGUAGGGCUAGCCGUCUGCCGACCACGCCGGCAGUAACGCGGGGGUGUGAAGGGCUCUGGAGCCUCAGGGAAAGGGUGUUGGGAUGGUUCGACCCGGAAGGAACUACAAAGACUAGGGAGGGACAGAAGGCCGGCAAGGAAGGUCCGGAUAACAGUAUGGCAGGCGAGGCCAGUAGCUCCGAGGGCGGCCUUAGGAAGAUAGUGUCGUCCCUCGCGCGAACACAAAACAAAAAUCAAGGCUACUUAGCGGACGCUAAGAAAAAGUUGACGUUUGACGGGGCGAACAUCACGGAAUUCCUGAUAGAUUACGAGAAUCUGGCCGCGCUGCUAAAAUGGACCGAAGAAGAAAAAAUGGACCACCUGGGGCAGCAUGUGUCUUUGAGCUUGGGACGGGACAUAAUGGCCAUCGUAGCCGCUAGCCGAUCCURGAAGGAAACCCGGGAUGUGAUGAUGAGAAAGUACCUAGCAGCGGAGAAGAUGGCUACGGAGGCCGACCUAGCGGCAGUCCAGAGGAAAAACUUCUCAACGUACAAUGAUUUCCUACGGGAGUUUACUCUGGUAGCACUAAGGAUCCCGGGAGUAACGGAUCGGAUAAUAAGCAAAUACUUCCUUAGGCAGUUCUUCGAGUUCGACAAAGACAAGAUUCUGUCGGCCUACCAGCAGAUGAGCAAGUUCGUAAAUACCAGGGAUGUUGAUUUUAGCACAGUAACGGAUCUGGCCGAAAAGACAGUAGUGACCGAGACAUUGGCCUUGCUUAAGGAAGGGAAGGUCAUAGACCUGACCGGGAGAACAGGAGACAAGGUAAAGAAGGGGAUCGAAAGUCUACAUGAACGGGUGCACGGAGUCGACAACAAGAUUGAAAGGAUGGAGAGAGCACUAUUGGUUAUGCAGGCGCAAGUAUCCCGACCCCCCCUCCCUCCCCAGGAAGCCGUAGUUCCACCGGGUGUAGCCAAUCGGGGAUUUGGACGGAGAGAUCCUGCUAACGAGCAAUGCAAGUACUGAACCACGAUGGGACAUUAUGUACGCGCAUGUCCAAAGCUUA